UCCAGUUGAAGUUAUCAAAGGCCUUUUCUGUAUCUAAAAACAACAUUGCCACCUUUUUGUCAUGUUUUUCAUAAUAUUCUAGUAUGUUCUAAACCAUUCUAACAUAUGUCUUCCCUGUAAAAAUACAUUUUGAUCAGAGCAUACUGGUCUUUUAAUAUUCUUUUCAAUCUCUCCAUCAAUAUGGAAGAAAAAAGUUAUACUCCACAUUUAAUAGGGAUAUUGGUCUGUAAUUUGAGUCUCUCUCCCAGCUGGCACACUUUUAGGGCGAGGAGUGGCAUUCAUUUGGUGCAGGUCGCAGCGUCCCAUUAGGACCAUGCUCCUCGCUGCCGCCGCCACAUCACUUGGCACUGGAGCCGGGAAGGCAUUGAGGGAGAGGGCUCCAUCACGGCUGUUAUCCUCUGGCUUCGUUUGGGGAGAGAUGCUCCAUUACAGAUGAAAAUUAUGUGGAUGAAUUGAAAAAGGAAAUUAAACUAUUUUUACAAGAGAAUACUGCACCUGAGUCUCUGCUUCUUAUCCUCCAAAUUGCAAACUGAACAAAAAAGUUGGACGUUGCAGAGCACACUUAGAACGUUAUUUCUUUAACAUGAAAACGGAGAGAUGUGAGCGUUUCAUUUUUGGUGGCUGUGGAGGGAAUGCGAAUCGGUUCGGGACACAUCUGGAAUGUCUUCUUAGCUGUGAAACCAUGGGGUCUUUGCCGAAAAUAUGUACAUAUCCUAAGAAAGUAGGAUGGUGCAAAGCAUCUUUUCGUCGUUAUUACUACGAUGUUGAGAGCAGGAUGUGUGAGCCAUUCAUUUAUGGUGGCUGUCUAGGCAACAGGAAUAAUUUUGUGGAUAGGACUGAGUGCAUUGAGACAUGCCAAAAGUACGGAUCUUGGCCUCAAGUAUGUACAUUGCCCAAAGAAGAAGGCGCAUGCAAAGGAGCCAUUCCUCGCUUUUACUUUGAUUUCUAUGGCAAGCAGUGUAUGGAGUUCAGAUACGGCGGCUGUGGUGGCAACAAGAACAACUUUGCGUAUAAAAAAGAUUGCAUUGGAACAUGCCAAGCUUUUGGAGAGAACUUAACUACUGCCAUUCCCAGCGCAUGAAAAGGCCUCUGGCCAUACAACAAAUCCAUGCUGAAUUUCAGUCGGCUGUCCCAGUCUGAGUGGAAAUGUCCUGCAUGCUUAUUACUCCAGAUUCGGAGAUAUGGCCUCCAAUAAACCCGUCUGCUCUUCUGCAUCUCUGGCUUCUACUUCCUGAGUAUUGUUUCCUAAAGUUGAUGGAGGACAGAAGCUGCAAAGUAGGUAGCCUUGCAAAGAACGCAGCAUCAGCUGAAGAAACCUGCCAAGAAAACCCGUGAUGUCACCUUAGGGUUGCUAUAAGUCAGAAAGGUCUUGAAGGCACACAGCAGCAGCAACAACAACAACAACAGCACCAUGGCAGUCUCCCACCCAAGUACUAACCAGGGCUCGCCUUGCUUAGCUUCCAAGAUCAGAUGGGAUUUGGUGCAGUUAGGAUAGUUAGGCCUUUUAUUAUUACAAGCUAAAUUCAAAAUAUAGAAGUAAUUUGCACUCAGUUAACUAAGCAGGAGAGAAGAGUAACCUUUCCAACAAGACCAAGCAAAAACAAAAGCAAACUGUUCUGUGAUGACUCAGUGAGAUAUAGUGAGAACUAACAGUUAUGUUCCUCAUUUGCCCAUUUCUUCUAUUCUCCAACCUCUAACUUCCACUUUUACAGAUGCAUGGGAUAGCCAUACCCCCAGGACACCAAGAAAUGAAUCAGCCACACAGUAUGCAAAGCCAUGCCACUUGUGCUGCUUGUUACACAGAAGCCUUUCUUUCCAGUGCCUCCACUACUUUGGGAUUUCUUUCCUGC